CCGGCCGCAGUGCCUGAUGGGAGCAGAGCGGCGAACGAGGGCGUCGGCCAUUUUGUGUCUGUUUCCUGUGAGACGCGGUGGUGGCCGUUGGGUCGGAAGCGUGAGCGAUUUUUGCCUCUUUUCCUGCUAGUUUCUCCCCCCCUUUUUACUUUGUCGGUAGAGCGCAGUUAUGGGUCGCAAGAAGAAGAAGCAGCUGAAGCCGUGGUGCUGGUAUUGUAAUAGAGAUUUUGAUGAUGAGAAGAUUCUUAUACAACACCAAAAAGCAAAACAUUUUAAAUGCCAUAUAUGUCAUAAGAAGUUGUACACAGGACCUGGCUUAGCUAUUCAUUGCAUGCAGGUGCAUAAAGAGACAAUAGAUGCUGUACCAAAUGCAAUACCUGGGAGAACAGACAUAGAAUUGGAAAUAUAUGGUAUGGAAGGAAUUCCGGAAAAAGACAUGGAUGAAAGAAGACGACUUCUUGAACAGAAAACACAAGCAGAGAGUCAAAAAAAGAAGCAACAAGAUGAUUCUGAUGAAUAUGAUGAUGAUGACUCUGCAGCUUCAACUUCAUUUCAGCCACAGCCUGUUCAACCUCAACAAGGUUAUAUCCCCCCAAUGGCACAGCCAGGCCUGCCACCAGUUCCGGGAGCACCAGGAAUGCCUCCAGGCAUACCUCCAUUAAUGCCAGGUGUUCCUCCUCUGAUGCCAGGAAUGCCACCAGUUAUGCCAGGCAUGCCACCUGGAUUGCAUCAUCAGAGAAAAUACACCCAGUCAUUUUGCGGUGAAAACAUAAUGAUGCCAAUGGGUGGAAUGAUGCCACCUGGACCAGGAAUACCACCUCUGAUGCCUGGUAUGCCACCAGGUAUUCCCCCUCCUGUUCCCCGUCCUGGAAUUCCUCCAAUGACUCAAGCGCAGGCUGUUUCAGCACCAGGCAUUCUUAAUAGACCACCUGCACCAACAGCAACAGUUCCUGCUCCACAGCCUCCAGUUACUAAGCCUCUUUUCCCCAGUGCUGGACAGAUGGGGACACCUGUAACAAGCUCAAGUACAGCUUCAUCCAAUUCAGAAAGUCUGUCUGCAUCUUCUAAAGCUCUGUUUCCUAGCACAGCACAAGCUCAGGCAGCUGUCCAAGGACCUGUUGGUACAGAUUUCAAGCCCUUAAAUAGUACCCCUGCAACAACUACAGAACCCCCAAAGCCUACAUUCCCUGCUUAUACACAGUCUACAGCUUCAACCACUAGUACAACAAAUAGCACUGCAGCUAAACCAGCGGCUUCAAUAACAAGUAAGCCUGCUACACUUACGACAACCAGUGCAACCAGUAAGUUGAUCCACCCAGAUGAGGAUAUAUCACUGGAAGAGAGAAGGGCACAGUUACCUAAAUAUCAACGUAAUCUUCCUCGACCAGGCCAGGCUCCCAUUGGUAAUCCACCAGUUGGACCUAUUGGAGGUAUGAUGCCACCACAGCCAGGCAUCCCACAGCAACAAGGAAUGAGACCCCCAAUGCCGCCUCAUGGUCAGUAUGGUGGUCAUCAUCAAGGCAUGCCAGGUUACCUUCCUGGUGCUAUGCCACCGUAUGGGCAGGGACCGCCAAUGGUGCCCCCUUAUCAAGGUGGGCCUCCUCGACCUCCGAUGGGAAUGAGACCUCCUGUAAUGUCGCAAGGUGGCCGUUACUGAUCUUACUUCAUCCAAUCUAAUAGGUUUGGAGAUUAAACCUUUUCUCAACUUGUGCUGUUUAUAUAGCCAAGCUUCCGUCAAUAAGGCUUCAUUGUGACUUUAACAAACAUUAUCUUCCCACAUACCAGGAACUAUUGGACAUUUAUUUUACAUGGGAAAAAUUAUUUGGAAUAAUAAAGCAGGAACUUUUCCUGAAGUUGCAAUUUAUACUGUAUGGCUUCUUUUUCAUGUUUCAUCUAGGUUUUUAGAAGUGAAGUAUAGUAAAUUUGGUUCGUUAUAUUGUGAAGGCGCUGGAAUUACAUGAACAUACCACCUUAAUAAAGGCAAGUUCUGUAAGCUUACAUUGCUAUUUGUAAAGUUAUGCCUUCACAGCAUUUCAGAUGCUGUUGGACUUCAUGUCCCCAACCUAGCUUGGUGAGGGCUGUAACUGUUUCCGAGACCUGUACAUUGGAAGUCUGAAUGUAUAACAAUAUUUAAUGUAUUUAGAGUUCCUCAUGUUGCAGGGUUUAAGAAAUCUGACCCACCAAGGUCAUGUGACUUUUCUGUACUGUUAAACUUCAUUGUAAUAAAAUGAGAGAAAAACUUAUGCCUUUUUAUUCAUAACCCAGUGGACCACUGCCUGAAAGGUUUGUACAGAUGCAUGCCACAGUAGAUGUCCACAUAAUAAAAUUCAUAGUUACCAAUACAGUUUUGAUAUAUCAUUGGAUUCUUUGAAUUGUAGGUUGUUCCUUAGCUGCAUGUUUUAAACUGGACAAUAUAUAUAGAAUUGUAUGUUAGUGCUUAAGUUGACAGAAAAACUUAGAUACAUACGAGUCAUUACAUAGUGGGUAUGAAAUCUUUAUAUUGUGUCACCUUUCCACACCCUUGGUGUCACUACAUGUUAGAUGUCCUAAAUAUUUAAAAUGUAAACCUUAGUAUGCCCUCUCCUACUGAUGAAGUUUAGAGCCUAGUGCCAGACCCACUCAUUUCCUUCUGAUUAUUUUUGAGACUGCAGUACUGCGUGGACCUCAGAAGCUUUUCAGGUGCAGACUUCUAGAAGCUUAGGUGCAUGCAGUAAUAGCUUUUUGCUGUUAAUGGAUUGGAAUCUUUUCUAAGUGAAAUUUCACCAAAAUAAUCUAAAUGUGCCUCUGUUAGGACAGUUAACAGAUGGAUUCAAAAUUUAUUAUGUUCCUGAAAAAUUACAUUAUUUCUUUGAGUAAGGUGGCUACCUUCUGUUAUUAUAAAGCCUAAAUGGCUUUCCUGUUAACCUUUUCAUUCUUGGAAAUUUGAAUGUUACUGUGUCCUGUGAAGUAGUUUUCUGUAGAGGUGACACUGCUAUUAGUAUCUUGUGUUGCAAGUCUCCUACAAUAAUAGCUCUUGUUGGCCUUUUUUGGUACCAUUUUUUUCGAUCUUUGUUUUUUGCAAGGUACUUUUAUGAUUAUUUAAGUAUCAGAUGACUGUACAAAGCAUAAUUAUUAAUAUAAUGAACUCAAGUUGAGUUUUUCUCAACAUAAAGUUAAGACCUGUAAGAAAAUGGUGAUAAUUUUUUAUAACCUGUAUGUGAAGGUGUAGAGAUGACAUGAAGUCUGAGUUUUUGUCUUUGAAAACUUUUAAUCAUAAAAGAGUCUGUAUUUAGGUGACAAGUAAAAGUUAUUCAUUUAAACAAAACAUACAAAUAUUUACAAAGCUGCUGUUUUAAAUCGGAUAUUUUGCUCCAGUGAAAUGUUUUAUAGCUCUUUAAUUGUACCAUCGAGGUUCAAAAAACUCUAUAGUUUGAAAAGGCAACAUCUGUGUAUCACCAAGAAUGCGUUUCCUUCUGCCAGUGGCUAAGCCCCGUACUGCUACCCUUUCCCUCACCAAACACCUGCCUACUAAGUAGUUUCGGAAUUAACAUACAUUUAGAUUUGGCAGCACAUUUAACAGACUGCCAAAGAAGAGCCUGUGUUGAAAAUCUCUAAGGUAAAAAUGGCAUGAUUAAAUUAAGAACGAUUAAAUAGGAAAUGUUUUCCCAAACCAAAUGUUUUUCAGGCAUUUCAUGUACAGGCUUAUCAACAAAAUACAAAUGGGUUAGUAAUGUUCCAAAACUUAUGCAAAGCUUAUUUCCAUUUAAUGCAAAGAUAACUGAUAUUUUAUAUCAAGGUUUUCUGAAGUCUGAAGGGAGAAAAUACUACUUUUAAAUAAGUUGUAGAAUUUUAAUUUUAAUUAAAAAGUUAAUCCAAAGUGUUAAUGCAUGACUCUUAAGCACACAGUCUCCUGUUGUGUUAGGUAUAUGGCUCAGGUGGUGACCAUUUGGUAUAUUUAAUGUUGUUUGUGCAUGCAUCAGCAUAAUUAAGCUUCUAGAAAAUACCUUUUACCUAACUGCUUCUGGGGUCCAUAGUGUGGUUAAAUCAUGAGAGGAACAAAUCAGUUGAAAUAAUUAACUCUUACUUUGACUUACGCUUCCUUAAAAUAAUAGAUGGAGUUGAAUUGAAGUAAACUUCUGUUUGCCCUCACAGAAGACAUCCUUUAGGACUUGCUCUAUUCAGGCAGGCAUUGUGAUUGCCAUAAUUUAGGAAGUUGUAAGAUUAAUGGGACUGCCAACUUUGGCUCUCCCGUAGUCCACUCCUAUGUUACCUUUAAAAAAAAAAAAAAGUGACAACGUUUUGUCUGGCACUAGUUUCUAUCGUGUAUAGAUUUUACCUGCUGUAUGACAAGACCAGCAGGUGAGGAUCAACUUUUGAGUGGCUGCUGGAAUUAUUUAAUUUGAAUGCUUAUAUUUUAGUAAUAAUCGCACACAUUUACCAUUAGGAAUGGGGAAAAUACUCCUAGUGUACUCCUCUUCCACUGAUCAAGUUACAUAUUCAGCUUAAUUGAACUUAGUUAUUUGGGGGGAGAUCCCCAACAAAAAUAAGUAUGGGUUCAGAGUGGAAUUACAGCAGACAAUAGUUUUUUUUUUUUUUUAAGCUGCUCUUUUUUCCUUUGCUUGCUUGAUCAUUGGGAUUUUUUUUUUAAUGCAUGUCUUUUAAAUUAAUUGGGUAAUGUUUUUCUAAAAUUAAAAUUUUCUUCUUCCUAUAGCCCUGCCAUAGGACAGGCUGAGGCUGAGUCUCAGUGUUGCCCUGUUCAGUCUGAGGCAAGUGGGAUUUAUUUUAUUCCUUAUAGGGGCUUUCACAGCUUUAUGGCUGUUGGAUAUUUAUGUCCCCAAACUUGCAGCAAGUUUGGUGAAGGCCCCUAAAUUUAAUUAAACUUAGGAUUUUUAUACUCUUUUGGGCAGAGAAGGCUCUAUAUUAAUAUUCACGUUUGACUGUGGUGUUAAUAAAAAGUAUUUGAUAUAUGUAAUUUUAUGUAAUUCACUUUGUGUUAACAGCCUCAGUAAAGCUGGUAUUGCUAUAUUGAUCUUUAUUAGUAAAUUGACAAAAUUUGAUGUUCUUGAUUUGGAGGCAUGAAAUGUUUUGUCAAAUUUUCCACUUUCACUUUUAGGAAAAAGUUACUGGUCAUUUUCUCCUCAAACUAUUAAAUUUAACUUCAUGGAUAAGUUUGAUCAUUCGAAAUGCCACAGGAUACUGAAAUCUGCAUUCUUAAUCCCAAAGUUAUGCAUUGAACAUUAAGGUUGAAGGGUCAUGUGGAAAUGCUUGUGAUUUUUUUUUACAAUUUUCAAACUUCACCACAUUAGAGCAAAUGUUAAUGUAGAGCCCUUGUGAAGAGUGGGAAGGUGGUGUGUGUGUGGUAUGUAUGCAUAUACACUACACAUUUGAUAAAAGGAUAAUAAAAGAGUUUGGGUAUAACAGACCUGUCAGUAUGGAUAGAUUACUAAUUUUCAGGUAGCCAAACUGAAAUUGAAUCGUGGUAAACUUAGUACAUUGAAUUGUUGUGGUUUUGGAACAUUUUUGAGGUUCUUUUUCAGCCUUAACAUUGUUUUAUGCAAUAUGCACACAUGAAAAGUAUCCACAUUUGAUUCCAACUAAAAUUUGCUUUUACUUGGUGAGAAACAUGUUUAUGUGUGUAUGUUGUGAGGAGUAAAGAAGGAAAUGGAAGAGAGGCCAAAACUUGUAUUACUUUUGUUCCUUCCUGUGUUUAAGCGACACAUCUGUUCUAUCCAGAUUGCGUUUUCUUUUGAACAGUAACAACAUACAGUACAGUGUUUAGCUAACCCAGAAUAAUGUUUUUAUUGGUUUUAAUUCUUGGAAGCAUAAAGAAAAAAUAUACAUUAAAUGAAUUCCAAAUUUUAACCUGUGCAAUUAAAACAUAGGAUUUUCUCUGUAACUGAAUCAUGGAAAAAAGAUUUUAGCGUUUGAAAAAAAUUUUGUCACAACAAAAGAAUACAUUUAUAACGUGUUCGGUAAUUACACCUCUUUAAGUCUCCUUAAUUGGAGCUGUUUUCUGUUACAUCCACCAUCCCCCAGUUUAGGGAAGUAUUCAAGAGUGAGGCUGCUUAUCUUAAUUCUAAUAGUGAUAGUUGAAAUAAUUUAAAUAGGCUCUUACAUACUUGACUACUGGGUGUUGGAGGGAUUUUCUAAAGGUGGUGUAAUUUGUUGAAGUUAAUUUUCUUGAUAUCUCUGAAGUAGUAUGAUUUUGAGAAUUACAUAACUUUCAGGUAUCUAUUCCUUCCACUGGUAAUGCUUGGUAAAUGAAAUGUUAAACUAGUUACUUUACAGAGAUAAAAUUUUGUUUUGAGUAAACUGAUGCUUGUAUUGGCUAGAGAUAAGUAGUAUUUAAAAUAUAAAAAUUUUGUGUUAAUCAGGUAUGUCUUUUUAAAGAGGCAGUGUUUAUCUGCCUGAUAUUAAGUAAACUUUGUAUGUUAUUCGAAAACAAAGUUUUCUCGUACUGUAACUUUUAUGGAAAACUCUUCUAAAAGGAGGGAUUCAUUUAUAAGACUAUUGACUUUAAGGCAGUUUCGUAAGUAAACAUUCCCCCUAGUUACACUUCUGCUUGCUGUCUCAUGACUUGAAUAUUAGUGAAGGUUACUUUUUUUUUUAACCCUUCCUCAAUAUUUUGUUUCUGUCAUCUGAAUCAUUUUAAUAAACGACUUUUUGUUUUUCUAGCAUAGAAAUCCUCUAACUUCUGUGUGAUAUUUCUUGGCAAAAUGAGAAGCAGUUACUUUAAUGAUGUUGUACAUAGUGUUGUGCACAUAGUGAUUAUUCAUAAUUUUGUGAUUAAUGUUAAAUUUUCAGAACAAUACUUUUAAUAUCUUGCUGUUAGGCAUUCCCUAUUAUGGGAUCUAAAUCAGACUAACUCGUAGGAAAUGCGGGACUUGAGUUUGAGCUCCCUAAUGCUUGAAAUAUCUCCAACUUUUCCCCAGUGUCUUCAUGUUCUUACUUGGUAUUUUUGUUGAAAAAUAAAGUUUGAAAGUAGCAUUUUAAAGAAAUAUGAAUAAAGCUCAGAGAAUUGCUUUUUAUAAGAAUUGUUUUUUCUGCUCUGAGCUCUAUACAUUCUUACAUAAUAAUUUGGCCAUAAAGGGCAGAGCCUUUCAUUUUCUUCCUAACUCUGGAAAAAUAACAGCUUGAAACUAUAUUGAUUUGAAUUUUUAAACCUUGUCUCUUUAAAAUUGUUCAGCUCAGCUCAUGUAUUCUCAGGGGAAAUAUCUUUAUUUUACUAAUAAGCAGGAUAUAGAAGUCUAUUAAGGCAGGAAUUGAAGACCUAAAGGAGCUCUUCACUGAAGCUAAUUUGAACUAUUACUAUUUGAAGCAAAUUGAAUCCUGUAUUAUAAGUCAAGACUGUUCAUGGUUAGGUUUUUUAGGAGGCAUAUAAUCAGCUAUAUUAGAAUAUGUUUGUAUAUAUGUCUUAAUCUUGAUCAAAUUAACUACAGAGAAGAUACAUGUGAGUAAAUUAUUUUAAUGAUUGAUAACUUGGACCCCAUCCAUUCUAAAUGCUGUGUAAGGUUGUGUUACGGCACAGCUUCAGGAAUGUGUGCUGUGUGUUUGGUCAGGGGUUUGUGUAAUGCUGUGUAGAGAGGGGGAAGGCCUUUUUUGGAAUUCUCCUGGCCCUUUGGCAUUCUUACCGUGUCUGGGUUUUUGUGGGGUUUUUUGUUGUUGAUUUUUUUUUAAACCAUUAUUGAUAAAGAAUCUGUAUGCCUUCACCUUUGGUUAAAUUUGAGGAGCUGGCAGUGAAAUUAUUGAUGCCCAACUUGGAUAAAAAUGAAGAAUGACGUUUCCCCAGUUUACUACACACAGACCAAUAUUAUUUGAGAGAGAGGUCAUUAUAUAAUGUUGUUAGGCUUAGGAACCUUAAAUGUAGUGAAAGGUAACAACAUUCCUGCUUCUGGUUUGCAUUUGUGAUAAGGUUUCACCAAAUCAUUUAUUAUAAUGUAGCUUACUUUUAACAUUUUUGUUCAUAAAUAUUUGGGCAAUCAGAUGAAAAUAAAAUUUGCAGCAUCAUUUCCUUUCUCUACUAAUAAAGCUGCUUAACCACCCAAGUGAGCCAAGGGAAGUUCUUGAAGUUUCUGUAGGUUUGAGUUAGAAUAGUAUGGGGCAUAUAUUUAUUGAGUAAAGCCUCUGUUUUUGUUACUGGUUUAUUAGUGUAUUUCCAGGAGAAACAUUUACUUUUCAGUCCAUGUUUUAACUCUGAUAAAAUCAAGUGUUUUGAAAAUUGAAUUUUAAACUAUUAAAAUUUGCUUUCCUCUGGAGUAUGUCUGCACACAUUAGAAAUUACCUUUUCCCCCCAGAUACAUGCUCCUCCCCUUUUUUAGAGGAACCAAAAUUGCCACAUAAUAUACAUGUUGGAAUACAUAGUUUAUUAAAAGUAGGUGUGUCCAAGAGAUAGUGUUUUUAAGUCUCACAAGGUCACUUUAAAUUUAAGAGCUAAUGCAAGUUAACUUUUGUAAGACUUAGGGAAAAAGUUUAAAAUGUAUUAAUGUCAGGUUCUGAGGAAAUUUAAUGCACAUUGACUUUUUAAACUAUGGAUUGAACUCCUCAGUUUAAUACAAUUUGUGUUUUUGUUAACUAGCAGCAGAAUUUCAGCAUUUGCUACUUACUGGUAGAGAAGAAAAAUCCCACAGCCCUGCCAGUACAGGUUAGUUUAAUCUGUAAGUACCUGAUGUUCCUAUUUUUUUCAAACAUAUCCAUAUAACCCACACAAGGAAGAAAGCUGUGCAGUUACUUAAAUGUGAGUAUAACUAAUAAUAGAUCCAUUGGACACUUUUUAAACACUCAGUACUUGGGCCAAAGUAGCUAGGUUUGCUAACCUCCGUUGUGAGAAAGGUGUAAUACUGCUCCUUUAUUAUCUGGUCGUGGUUGACCGUAAAUAGAUAUGUUGUACAUAAAAGGAAAAGACAGUGAAAGUUUCGAUUGGCUAUAUGCACGUGUUGGUAUCUGAAAACAGAGUGCAGGGCUUUGGGUCCAGCUCUUUUACUUAAGCCUCUCCCAUGGUGGUACUCAUAUUUUACCUUUGAGCUUUUUACAGUAUGAAUCAACCCAAGAAAGUCAAGUUUCCUCACCUCUAGCAGUGAUAAAUGGUGUGCAGUCAGAAGCUAGAAAGUGUUUUCAUACUGCUUUUUUGUUAAAUGUUUUUAGUAACUCUUGCUGUAAAUAGUACUAAUUUUGUUAACCUUUUUUGUAAACUAUAACCUGUUUUGUUGGUGCACCACCACUGUGGGCUCGUUUUACCUUGAAUUAAGAAUAACAAAACUGACUUUUUAAUACUCAAAUGAAAACUGACCACCCACCAAGAAACCUAGACAGAUUCCUUGUGUAUUCCUUUUGAGGGGCAGUGAGGGUAUAAUGGCUUGUAAAAGAUCUGUUAAGGGUUUUAUUACUGUCAUUGGUUCUACCAGAAUUCAUUGUUUUCUUCAACCAUCUUUGAGACCUUUCCUUUAACCUUUAAAUAUUAUGCUCUUAUUUUGAUAAACAUUUUAAAUACCAAGGAAAAAAGAAUAAAGCUUACAAUUUGGUUUGUACAAGCCUGAACCAUCCUUCCAUUCUGUAGCACUGAGGAGGAUGCAUGGCUACCUCCUCUACGCCCUAAGUGUAAUGAUGUCUAAUUUGAGACAGUCCAUAAAACUAGCUGAUCUUGUAUUCUGUUAAAUGGGCAUGGUGAUUAGCCACUGAAAACAGACUAUCUUAAUGUUAUUUUAUAUGAAAGUCGUGCACUUAGUUAAUUAAAAAUCUCGAUAUAUCAGCUGAUAAUAAAAUAUAUAUUAUAAGAUA